AGAUGCUGGGACCCCCUUUCUAAGCCCCAUUUUCCAUCCUAUCCCUAGAGGAACGGGGUGUGUUGUGUUGUGGGGGGACCAUAGGUGGAACCAACAGAGGGCGUGGGACUGCUGGAACCUGAAACAUUGAGAUUGGGAUUUAGACAGGUGUAGGGACAAAGAGCCAGAGGGGAGGGAGGAAUGAGCAGGGGGCGAGAGUGAGUGACCCCGGGAGACAGAGACCAGACAACAGGGAGAGGGCAAGGGAGACACAGGGGGAGCGGCGAGACGCCGAAGGGGGUACAGACAGAAGCAGGGAGUCAAGAAGGAGUAGUGGACCAAGGCGGUCCACAAGGACAGGUGUGAAGAAAUUGCUCGGGAUGUGUGGGAGAGACAAGCAUGCGGAGAAGAAUGUGGGGGUCCAGCAGAGGCAGCAGGACAGCCUCCCACAUUCCCUGCAAGAAUGCGAAUGGAGGGACUCCCGAGUUCCCUCCCGGGGCCCGAUGUGGAUGGAGGGAGGAGCCAGCUCUGGGCGCCUAGACCGACUGGCAAGGCUGCCCCUACCCACCCUCGCUCGUCCCUGGAUCCGGGUCUGGCGUCCCAGGCCCGACAGAGCACAGAGCCAGUUCUCCCUGCCGGGGCUUGGCUUGCAUGAGCAGCCCUGCCCGUUGUCGUGGCAACAGGCCAUUGCCAGGGCAACCAGCGUGGCUCCCACCCCGCCGGAGCAGAGCCGGGCGUUGCUCUGGGAAACUCAGUGCGCCGGUUCCCUCACUCGCCUUUGCCCACUUCCGGUUCAGGCCCGGGGGAGGGGCAAGGAAAAAGCAGACGUCAGCGGGAUUCCUGCGGGGGCCUCAGGAGGAGGGGUCGUCCCUUUAAGAUGGAACUAGGUCCUGGAACGCACUCCCAGCGCGCGGCCUUCGUCGUGGAGGAUGAAACUACAACCCCCAGUAUGCCUCGCGGAGGCUGGCCGCCUCCUCUGCGACCGGUCGCCCAGGAUGCUGAUGGGAGUUGGAGUUCUUUGUUGUUGGGAGGGCUCAAUGGUGGCACGGGUUGGGCGUGGGGGGCUAGGGCGCUUGGCUGCCUCUGCAGAAAGGACCAUAGGACCCCGCCGCCAUGUUUCCGGAGCCCCCAACCCCGGGGCCUCCAGCUCGCGACGCGCUUCCGGACUCGAGCCGCAUCAGCCAGCUCCCUGGUGCAGCCAGAAGUGGAGGAACUAGAGCCAACACUAUCCGGACCAGGGCAGCAGGUGGCAGAGAAGAAUGAGCUAGGACGACUGCAGUACUCACUGGAUUAUGAUUUCCAGAGUGGCCAGCUGUUGGUGGGCAUCCUGCAAGCCCAGGGAUUGGCAGCCUUGGACCUGGGUGGCUCUUCAGACCCCUACGUGCGGGUUUACCUGCUGCCAGACAAGCGGAGGCGGCAUGAGACCAAGGUGCAUCGGCAGACGCUGAACCCACACUUUGGAGAAACCUUUGCGUUCAAGGUACCCUACGUGGAGCUGGGGGGCAGGAUACUGGUCAUGGCGGUGUACGACUUCGACCGCUUCUCCCGCAACGAUGCCAUCGGGGAGGUGCGGGUCGCCAUGAGCUCUGUGGACUUGGGGAGGCCAGUGCUGUCCUGGCGGGAGCUGCAGGCGACUCCGCGAGAGGAGGAGAAACUAGGAGAUAUCUGCUUCUCCCUCCGCUAUGUCCCCACUGCCGGGAAGCUCACUGUCAUCGUCCUGGAGGCCAAAAACCUGAAGAAGAUGGAUGUAGGAGGGCUGUCAGAUCCGUAUGUCAAGGUCCACCUGCUGCAGGGAGGCAAAAAAGUGCGGAAGAAGAAAACGACCAUCAAGAAGAACACUCUGAACCCAUAUUACAACGAGGCCUUUAGCUUCGAGGUGCCCUGUGACCAGGUCCAGAAGGUCCAGGUGGAGCUGACCGUGCUGGACUAUGACAAGCUGGGCAAGAACGAGGCCAUUGGGAGGGUGGCCGUAGGGGCAGCGGUUGGUGGAGCUGGCCUGCGGCACUGGGCGGAUAUGCUGGCCAACCCCCGGCGACCCAUUGCCCAGUGGCACUCGCUGCGGCCCCCCGACCGAGUGAGGCCACUGCCUGUACCCUGACCCCACCUUCAAACCCCUGACCCCAUACUCCUGGCCAAAAUCACACCCAGGCCCAUUUUUAAGAGUUCUCUGAUCACUACUGCCACCCCCCCCCCCCCCCCCCACACACACACUCUCUUCCAUCCCCAUCAUGCCAAUCAUAAUUUGCAACACUCCCACUGCACAUACCCAGAAGCCCCAGGGACCCUUGGGGGAGGGGAGCAAUUUGGCCUCCCUCCCCCUACCUAGGGUCCUGCCCUCUGCUUUGACAAUCAGUGAUCCCAUCCUACUGUCCCCUUCGCCCUACUCAGGAUCACCCACUCCUGUCCCCAUUCUGAUUCCUGCAUUGCUCCUGGGGCCAAAUAAAUACUCAGCAACUUUG